GAAAGCCAUGGAAUUGCAACGAAGAGAACGUGGGGGAGUGGCAAAGCACAGGUGGACGAGGUGGGUAUUGCGACAGUGUUUUCUUUAUUGAAGCUUAAUGGCGUUGGUUUUCAAGCCUUCACGCCUAGUUAUCUAAUAACCUAGCCCUAUUUAUGCAUUUAUUUACAUAAUAUCUUUCUUCUCCUAUGUAUCUAUCUAUCCAUCUAUCUAUCCCUGUGUUUCCAAAACCCUAGAACUCAACGUUUCCACCUCGUCCCGGUCGCUCUUCUGCUCGCUGCCCUGCGUGCAUCGCAGUUUGUUCGUCGACCAACAUCUUCACGUAGGGUGGGGGGGAGGGAGAGAUGGAGGGGCACAAAUUAUACGGACUGCGAGCAUCCCCAUCCCAAUCCGAGCACUGAUAGCGGGAAAGAACACUCUGCGUUUCGUUUGCCAUCUCCCGUUUUGUGUCAUCUCAGGGAGUGGAUUUCCGAGGUUUGUAGCGGUGGAGUGAGGUGAGGUGUGGUGUUGGUGUUGGCAUUGCUGACCUUGGGUUGGGGUGGUGGAGUUCGUUUGGGGGGAAUGGAGAUGGCGGAGUGAGGCUCUGGGGCAAGUGGGGUUGUGACGACGUGAUGAUCCGGUGAAUGACCUCAAUGCGAGGCUUACGAUGGGGAGAGCGAAGGCGGGUUGUUGUUCCUGAGGGUUGCACGGGGACUCAUUGUUUCGCGGUGCCACACCGUCGCAAGCUGUGAGUCUUUGUGCAGGUGUGACGGUGUUACAGCGUUGGGAUAGUACAUACAUCUUGAGGCGGUUUCACAAGAGUCGGACAAGAUGAAUCCGGCUAAGAAGAAAAACUUCAAGAUAGAGCCCUUCAAGCAUAAGGUGGAGAUGGACCCUAAAUAUGCAGAAAAGACCUGGAAGAUACUGGAGGAUGCUAUUCAUGAGAUCUAUAAUCACAAUGCUAGCGGCCUCAGCUUUGAAGAGCUGUACAGGAACGCGUACAACAUGGUGCUUCACAAAUACGGAGAGAAACUCUAUUCAGGAGUUGUUCAAACAAUGACGCAGCAUUUGCGGGAGAUAGCAAAAAUAAUCGAGGGAGCACAAGGGGGUUUGUUUUUGGAAGAGUUGGAUGUGAAAUGGCGUGAGCACAAUAAAUCGCUUCAGAUGAUCCGGGAUAUAUUGAUGUACAUGGACAGGACAUUUGUGAACAAUUUUAACAAGACUCCUGUACAUGAGCUCGGUCUGAAUUUGUGGCGUGAUCACAUUGUGAGGUCACCACAGAUACGGGAUCGGCUGUUGAACACGCUUUUAGACCUUGUGCGCAGAGAGCGGACAGGGGAAGUCAUCAAUCGGGGACUCAUGCGGAACAUUACGAAGAUGCUUGUCGAGCUAGGAACCAAUGUGUAUCAAGAAGAUUUCGAAAGGCCAUUUUUGGAUGCAGCAUCUGACUUUUACAGGCUGGAGUCUCAGCAGCUCAUUGAGACCAGUGACUGCCCUGAUUAUCUGCGGAAAGCCGAGAAGCGGCUGAAUGAGGAAAUUGAAAGAGUGGCGCAUUACCUUGAUUCCAAAAGUGAGCCAAAGAUAACACAAGUGGUGGAGAGAGAGGUCAUUGGGAACCGUAUGAGGCUCUUGGUGGAAAUGGAGAAUUCGGGUCUGAUUUCUAUGCUGAUCGACGAUAAGUAUGAUGAUCUUGGUAGGAUGUACAAUCUGUUCCGUCGAAUUUCCACGGGUUUGCAAACCAUGAGGGAACUCAUGACAGCUCACCUACGUGAGACGGGAAGACAGCUCGUUAUGGAUCCCGAAAGGUUGAAGGAUCCAGUAGAGUUUGUUCAACGCCUACUUGAUGAGAAAGACAAGUACGACAGAAUUAUUCAGCAGUCUUUCCACAACGACAAGAUGUUCCAGAAUGCUCUCAAUUCCUCUUUCGAAUAUUUCAUCAACUUGAACAUUCGAUCUCCAGAGUUCAUUUCCUUGUUUGUAGAUGAUAAACUGAGGAAGGGACUGAAAGGUGCAAGCGAAGAGGACGUGGAGUUGGUUUUGGACAAGGUUAUGAUGUUGUUCCGGUAUCUGCAAGAGAAAGAUGUCUUUGAAAAGUACUACAAGCAGCACUUGGCAAAGAGGCUGUUGUCUGGCAGGACGGUAUCUGAUGAUGCAGAGCGCAGUCUUAUUGUGAAGUUGAAGACUGAAUGUGGAUAUCAGUUCACGUCGAAAUUGGAGGGGAUGUUCACAGACAUGAAGACAUCUAGGGAUACCAUGCAGGGAUUUAAUGCAACAGGGGCUGGUGCAGAAGGGAAUGAGGGGCCGACUCUUACUGUGCAAGUGCUGACCACGGGUUCAUGGCCAACUCAGUCAGGUGCCCGGUGUAACAUGCCAACGGAGAUUCUUGCAAUGUGCGAUAAAUUUAAGAUGUACUAUUUGUCAACUCACACAGGUCGGCGUUUGACAUGGCAAACAAAUAUGGGUACUGCGGAUUUGAAAGCCACAUUCGGGGACGGAAAUAAACAUGAGCUGAAUGUAUCUACGUAUCAAAUGUGCAUUCUGUGUCUUUUCAAUCAAGCUGACCGUCUGUCGUAUCGGGAGAUCGAGCAAGCGACUGAUAUACCAGCACCGGACCUGAAAAGAAGUCUGCAAUCGCUGGCAUGCGUGAAGGGAAAGAAUGUGUUGAGGAAGGAACCAAUGAGCAAAGACAUUAGCGAGGACGACACUUUUGUAUUUAAUGACAAGUUCUCCAGCAAGUUUUACAAAGUAAAGAUCAGUACUGUUGUGGCUCAGAAGGAGAGUGAACCUGAGAAGCAGGAGACACGACAAAAAGUUGAGGAAGACAGGAAGCCUCAAAUUGAAGCCGCUAUUGUGAGAAUCAUGAAAUCAAGACGUCUUCUGGACCACAAUAACAUUAUUAGCGAAGUGACCAAGCAGCUCCAAGCCCGGUUUAUGCCUAAUCCUGCUGUGAUCAAGAAGCGGAUUGAAUCCUUGAUUGAGAGGGAAUUCUUGGAAAGAGAUCGUAUGGACCGAAAACUGUACCGUUAUCUUGCAUGAUGGAGUUAUCAUGUGCUGCAUAUGAGCAAUAGAUGUGCUACAGGUGUGCCACAAGUGGUUGUAUCAGGUUUCGUCCCCGGAAACUCAUCCGUUGUACGACUUGGCAAGGAUGAUAGGAUCUUGUGCGGGUUCAUCUUCUUAGAACUGCUUUUCGUAUUUACUCCAGUCGCAUUGCUAGUACAUUCUCUGUACAUUGAUUGUCAGAGCUUUCACAAACUUGUUCAGUAUUCUUCCUGGAGUUUUGACUUUCAAGUAGGUGAAGGUACUGCUAUUGAACCCAACUUCAGAGAGCAUGAGGUUUCUGCUAAUUCAGGAGUGUUUAGGUUGGAGAAUGACUCGGAGAAACAGGCCUGCAGGUGUAUCCUUUAAGGUGGCCUUGAGCGCUAGCAGCGUGUACAUAGUGUUGUGCUUACUGCAUUGGUCAAGGUGAUAACAGAUAGAGGCUUUGCAUGUCGUGGUUCAGUAUUUAAGAUGAUAUAUUCUCCAAGGAUGAGAUCCGUGAUUAUAUGCCUUGGGAUUAUUCCAAAGUGUGAUGAUCUGGUCUCAGUGAAGUGUACUUUGUUAAGUGAAAUUCAAUUUUCAAGAUGGAUCACCAUCAUCGACAUAUGAA